AUGUCAACCCUCGCAUCACAUCGCUCUCAUGUCUCCUUCGAUACCGACGAUGAUACGCAUAUUGGAUCAAGCUCAUCCUCCCCCAUGAUGUAUGAUGGGGCUUUGGUAGCUUCAUCGUCCACCAUGAUACCGCUUGGACCAAGUAAGACCAUUCCAGCUGUCAACAGACGAGCAGUGAUAUUCUCCCCUCGGACAGAUACCAAAUACUUCCAUUCCGAUGAUCUAAUCCUGCCUUCACCUACCCAUCAUCUAACACCCAAAGUCCCUUCAUCCAUUCGAUCAUAUUCCGAUCCUGUCACACCAAUCGAUUCACCAUCCCACUCCAGAAGCAAACUUCAGAGUCGUAAUCUUUCAGAUACACCACUUUUAGUACGGAGUAUCCUAAAAUCACGUGUGGCUCAGCGAAUCAGACUAGCAGCGUCAGUCGAAGAAGGUACACUGAACAAUAAAGAGGCCGCUAGGUUACUAGUGAGCGGAAAGAGACCAAAGCUGUUGGCUAAGGACUCGUUUCAGCCGGCCAUGUUGAGAUACGCAGCUGGAGAUACGAACGAGAAAGGAAAAGGGAGGGCGCAAGAUGAUAUGCCAAGCUCAGAUGAUAGUACCUCAUCGACCAACUUACCUGGACAACAAAUUUCAUCGGAAGGUAAUGAAGAUAUCAUCGUAGAGGGUGAUAGUUCUGACGAAGAGGAAGAGACUGUUGAAGAAGAUGGUGCUUUAUCUACUUCCUCUCUAAUCGGUAUCGUGUUGGACGGCGCAGAAGAUCUGUUAACGUUGGAAGAAGCUUAUAACACUCUCACACUACGAUUACGGACACGCAUACCACUUCAGAAUGAUAACGCCGAGCCCCUCACACCGGCCCAAAUAGAUGAUGUUAGAGUGUCAACACAACCUAUCAAAGAUGAAGCUCCUGCUAUGGUUCGAGCGAUCCAACGGGACUUACAGAGGUUGUUAGGCAAGUUACCAAAUAGCGAGAUGGAUUCCAGUGAAGGGGAUCACACACCAUUCAGAGGUUUGAUGCCCCUUCGUGACUACACACCUACCUCUAACGGUCAACGCGGUCGAUUUACACCUUCUCCCACACCCGGCAUAGGUCCAAAAUCAUCUUCACCAACGAAAGCAGCUCGACAGGGAUAUACAGAGUCGGAAGUACGAUAUCGAAGAGAAGCCUCUGGUGUCGGCGCAGCGGUCCUUCGUUUUCUCGCAUUUACCUUUCAUUCACCUCAUCUUUUCUCAUGCUUCAGUGAAGCAGAUCUACAGUCAAUGUUAGAACAAGUGAUGAUAAUACCUCGAACACCCAAAUUGCCUACUCCUAAUCCCAAACGGACAUAUUACCUGUCCAUUGUCAUCCUCGCUCAAAUGAACAUCCCCUCAGCAUGUGUACAGCCGGUCAAAGAUAAAGUCGUUCGAGCUUUGGAAGGUGCCAUGGCGGAUACGUUAGGAUCAAUGGGAGGGAAUAUGAUCUCGGGCAAAGAAGGUCCAAGUGCAAUUAAGAAAGAAGGCUAUAACGCAGUAACGAAUCUAGUCUCGAAUUACCCAACCAUCUUAUUCCCCCAUUAUACCGAUCUACUAUCGACCUGUUUGAAAGGUAUGGUCAACCCUGCUCAGCUCAUUCGAUACAAAGCAGGUCUGGCCAUUUCAGCUUUCGCCAGAGCCAAGUUCACUUUACUCGCUACAACUCAGAAUGCCUUAAUGGCAGAUCCAAGUAAUCCAGUCAUCAAGGAGAAUUGGAUCAAAGUGAAAAUGUUGAUUUCGAAAAGUGAAUUUUUCAUAGUCAGUCAUUUGAAAAGCGCUUUGAAGAUUCCUGGUAAACAAGCGCCGAUCUACGGCAAAGAUGGCGAGAAGAAAUUAGAAUGGCAUUCGCUGGAGCAGGUUUUCAAAGAUACCGUCGGUUCUACUACAGACGUUCACUGGGCUUGUGCUGCUUGGAGUGUGCUUGUAACUCUUAUGGGUUCCGCUUAUGCUUCAUCGGGAUUAUCAAGUGGUUUCGAUCAUAUCAUGGAUCGAUCAUUACAACCUUCGACAAAUGUUGUACGACCUCUCCUCGCUCGAGUCGCAUGGAAUCAUGCCAUUCACGCUUACCUCUCUUCCGGAUUCGCUUCUUCUAUCACUGAGAAUGGUCAUAUGAUAUGCUCGUACAAGCCAUUCGCCGCGUCAUCUCAACAGGCAGUCGAACAACGAACUGCCAAUAUCCAAUUCCCUGUUAACCUUGCUCUCGCCAAAGCAACCGAUAAACCAUCCUAUGCUCGAGCCUUGACCAAUCCCAAACCCGGCGUAGAAUCACAUUGCGUCUGGCAACGAUCAGAGAAGAGCAAAAAGCUGCAAUGGCUCGUCACUUGUGGUCUCGGAUCAACGGCUGUAGUAUACGCUUACACGGGUAUCGCGCUCUAUCAUGAAGAUCAACCUGCCAAAGAGAUGAGUCAGAUUUCAGGAUUACCUUCUUCAGAUGGCGGGAUGGUCCUACCUGACUUGUCGCCUGAAGAAUCAAGGUUGCCUCGACUUGAUAUCGCAUGGGAGAAAGUGGUCAAUCCGAUGCUCAGAUCCUUCUUCGCUAUUUGCGGUGUCGAUAGAUUGACAAUCCACGGUUGGCAGAUACUGGAAGCUAUCACUUCGCCUACUAGCGAGUCUCAACCCGAAUGGAGCUUGGACAGGUUACUGGUCACCCGAUAUAUGAGUGGAGAAGUAUUUCUCAAAGAGAAAGAAACCGAUUUUACGGAUCUAUUGAAUGAUAUUCAAGAUGAUGGACUGAAGCCAUCCGAUAUACCUUCCUGGGGCCAUUUCUGGGCUGCGAAGAGAUUAGGUCGAUUGUUAACCCUUUUUGAUGAAGCUUUAUCCAGCAUAAAUGGUAUAAAUGAACCUUCGACUGUAGAGUGGAUCAGAAACGACAAUGGGGUAUCAGUCAUCACAAGACCUUUAUCGAAUAUAUGGAAGAACCUUCUUUUGGCUCUGAAAUCAGCUAAAAUCGCCCAUGCCCCUCCUACACCCCUUUUCCUAGUCGGUCUACAGACUGUCACUACGCAACUUGCUCAGAUACUCACUCGAGACCCCAAGAGCUACGUACCGAUAAGUCAGAUAGAUGAGAAGGGACGGUGUCUCCUAGACGAAGAUGAGUUGAGGAUAGGGAUGAUAUCUCAUUUGUUCGAUGUGGCCGUCGAGGUACUGGGUGAAGAUAUUUUGGGAUCAAUCAGACUUCGACCAGAUCAAGUACCUUCUUCCGCCUCGGAGCAAAGCAUUUCAAGUAUAUUCCAGAAUGCCUUUGGGGGAGAUGCCAAUGGAUAUCCGACUGUCACUGGUACACUCCUUGGUCAACUUUUACGAUCGAAUUUGCCUUCUGCUUCUCCGUCGUUGCAAUACCAACUCAAAAGAUUAGUGUCGAACAUGUUAGAUAUAGGCUCGUUGCCUGGCUAUGCUGGCAAAUUAUUGGGUGAUAUCACAAAUGCUAUGCCUUUCCUAUUUGAAGAUUGUGAGGAGGUACAAUUAGAUGUUUGGAGACUGCUUGCCACCAAAUGGACGCAAAUCAUUGACCUCCAGCCAUCCUCCAUGGCCUCAUCUACCAACCACACCGGUGCUCUACUAGUCUCCUUACUCUCAGGUCCAUUCAGGGGUCGACAAAUCACUUCUUACUGGCAUCGUCAAGCUGAUAAAUCCGAUCUCGAGAUCUGGGAAGAUCUACUGAAAGUCACCGUAUUGCGAUUCCGAGCUAAGAGGUUUGGAUCAAAUUGCGGUGUUUUAGAAGCUGUAGCAGGUCAUUUGGAAGAUUUCCUUGGUGAAGGUGAAAAUACCAGUUCGACUACGAUUACCCUCUCUUGUCUCGCUUCUGCGAUCUCAUGGAUGUCGUUUAGCACUCCUACUACCGAAGGAUCACAGGCAUCACCUUGGCAUAUCUCAGAUGAAGAUUUCGUUCCUACCGAUUUCCUCACUUUGCUCAAUAAUGCUUUGGUUGAGGCGUAUCCUGUGUCUGAUAGUCAGAAUGAAACUCAGACCAAGAUGGAUUUCUCACCUGCUGUAUUCGACUUGCUGAACAACCUGGUCAGAGUAUUGGAAAGUACACCUAACCAGUUCGUUGGCAAGGUUUUGAAACCUGUUCAAAGUGGGUUGGCAGUUUGGCUAGAGGAUAGUGAAAGAGUAGUAGAGGGAGAAAUGAAUCAACAGCUCGACGGGAUCUACAUUUCACUUCUCAAUACACUUUCAUCCUCGAUGCCAUCCGAAGAACACCCCAUCCACUCUGAAACACUCAACUCUCUAGCUGAACUGUAUAUCCCCCGGAUCUCCAGAGCCACUUCGUCAGCCGUGCCAAUCGCUUUCCAAUCUUUCUGGAACAAGAAUUUUGGUACCGCAUCAGCUGGUCGAUUGGAUUAUUCAGAAGAUGUCGCUGAUUUCCUUCGAGAUUUGUUGAUGGCUGUUCCUGGCAUAAUCGUUUGUCCAGGACUGGAAGGCGAUAGCCAAUUACCCGAGGAAGAGAGUUUGGCUAGAUUCCCUCAUGUUCAGCAAUUACCCAGGCCUUCUGUGCCAGAACCUAUAGAGAUUGAGGUGGAAGUCGAAUUGACGAAUCCUGAAUAUGAUGCUGAUAUCUCGCAAUCUAUCGAACCUACGCAGCCUCGACUUCCACUUCAGCAUGAGCUUGACAGUCAGCAGCCAGAAGAAAAAGAUGAGGAUAUCUUGGUAGAUGCCACAAAGGAUACUAUCGAACCUCCUUCCCCUACCCCCUUGCCUGUCACCGAUGGUAAGGAUGAAGUGAGCCAAGAAGGUGAAGACGUUUUUGGUCCGGCAGCUAUGACUCGAGCUACCAGAUCCAAAGCGACGAAGAAGGCUGGUAAGAAAGGUAAAAGUAAGACCACAAAGAGAAAGUCGACCGGUACAGUCACUGGUGUUGGGAUGGAUGAAAGUAUGGAAAUACAAUCUUUACCUGAAAGCAAACGAACCAGGAUUGAACCUCCUACUAAUAGCCGCUCGUUGUCCGAUGUACAUAUCACACCUCUGGUGGAAGAUUCUGAAGUCGAUGAGGAAGAUGAAGAUUGUAUAAUUGUGGUACCUAGUCCAGGAUACUAUCGACGAAAAGGGAUACCACAACCACAACCACAGCCUUCUUCAACUCAUACACCAGCCGUAGAAGCUGGACCUGAAAUCGAAAUGAAGGAAGAACAGGAUGAAGUGGUACGGGAAGACGUAAUUGAAGGUACACCUACCCCUGCGACUAGCGAGGUACCGGUUGAAGAAUCGACUGCUGAAUCAGGACACGAGAUGCCAGUGGAGGUGGUUGCUGUACCAGGGCUGAAGUCCUCUGAGGAAGUAAAAGCUCUCAGGGCUGCUUCACCCAGCAAAUCCCCGCCUCCUCCGAUGGCUCAACCAACAUCCGAACUCACUCAUGAUGUCCAGCCGACCCCAUCUACAGAAUCACCCUCUCGUCCCUCUCUACUCACCUCUGCCAGUAGGUGGUUAUCGAGAGUCCAGUCUUUCCCUUUUUUCUCCCCUUCGAUCGCGUCCUCGCCAGCGGAAUUGUUUCCACCUGCUACGCAAGUUGAGCCAGCAGCGGAUAAUGAACUCCCACUGGAGACCGAAGAUACGUCUCAGAUCGAAACGAGUGGAGAAAAGAACCAAGAGAUAACCACGAAGAAGGGUAAAAAGAGUAGGAACAACAAAAAGCGAAGAUCAUCGAUUCCUGCCACUGCCUCUAUCAGCCAUCAUACCGAGGAAAGCUCAUCAUCUCAAUCGGAACCUCAAGCGGCAGUCGCAGCUCAAACUCAACCUGUAAAAUCGCUAAGUAAGAGUACUUCAACUGAUUCGAUCGCCUCCAAGGCUUCUACGAUUUCAACGACAACGAGAAGCAGUAAGCGGAAGCGAGGGAUCGAACCUGAACCUCAAUCUGUAGACCAGUCUAAAUCAGAAGACCGGAAAGGCAAAGACCGAGCCAUCAUACCUGAGAUCCAAGUCGAUGAGAUCGAGUCAGAACCUAGAAGAUCCAAAAGGCGGAAGUCAAGAUCCAAGAUUGAGGAAACAACCGAAUCACAGCGAUCGCUGCCUUCACCUUCGCGAUCAAUUGAAUUGCCAGAGCCAAUCGAGAUUGAUAAUGAAGAAGAAGAGGACGAGUUGCUUUUAUCUCCUGAAUCUGCAAGACGAAGGAAGAGGGAGGAAGAUGAAUUGAUAGCUAGGGUUUCUCAAGGCACUAGUAGUAAAGUGUGGAGUGAGAGUAUAAGUGGAAGGUUCGAUGAUGCACCUGAAGAUCUUACUUCGAUCUCACGUCGACCAUCAUUAAUCAGAUCCGGCCUAAGUGGUGCUUCGGCCUCAUCAUCAUCUAUACGAUCUAAUACCCCUUCACCUACCAAUUCAACCUCCACUUCAUCUCCUUCUAAAACCAAAACCAAAACCAAAAGCCAAAGCCAAAGCCAAAGCCAAAUAAGAGAGAAGAUCAAAGCAUCACCCAACAAACGAAAUACCCAACAAACCAAGGUAUUAAACAUGUUGGAAGAAGCGGUGAAAUCAAAGAAGGUGAUUGAAAACCUCGAUUAUCAAGGUGUCAAAUCUCUCUUGAGGAAUUUGAACGAAUUGAGAGAAGCGGCUGAACAGAGGAUGUAUGAGAGGAUGGAAGAGUUAAGGAAUGCCAAGUAG